GCAUCGUGAAAAGAAGAAGCAGUUGGAUGUAGAAAGGGCUCUGGGAGGAAGUGUCACGUAGAUGGUGGGAUGUUGGGAUCUGACAUGGCGAUGAAGAUCCUGUGUGUAACGACUGCCGCACUGUGGACUACGUCACAACACAAGUGGGCUUCAACGGUACAACUUAAACGACAAAUCGCGGGUGGGUGAUCAAUCCUCCCUCAUUGCCGAGGUGGAGCGCUCCAAAACAAUUUACAGAUAGCUUAGUGCAGGCACCAGGCCGACGAGAAGUGUCGUGCACCCAGACAAUAUCACCACUUUUGAAAGAUCUCUUUCUGGCAGUUAACUGAUGGCAAUAAAAAGUCAUUAUUUUCCAAGGUACUAGGUUUUCUUAACAUAUCUUCCUUGUCAGAUGUGACUUAUUGUAUAAACAUAUAGUCUCCUGUAAUAUAAUGGAAUAUAUUGACAUCCUAAAACAAUAACAUUCGUCUUGUAAGACUUGGCAUACGGUACAACUUCUCUGAUAAAUAGAUGUGCAUAGCAUUGUGUUUUAAAUUGCUUUUCAAGCUGUGUCAACUGCAUUUGUUACUGAGUGGAGCUAGUAGCUAGAUUUAUAUUACUGAAUAGAAGGAGCAUGAACAAUACACUGGAUUAUUAGUUAAACUUUUAGUAAAUACCGUCUUGGGCUUGAUGUUGCAUUAAAGGGAAAUGUACUUAACAUGGUGAAUUAGAAAACAGUUUUAAAAUUAAGAAACUGCUUUGAUGGAAUAAACGGUUUUUGUUAAAAUUAGAUUAACCGAGAAAACUAAACGACAAAUAACUGGAGAACCGCCCAUGGCUGAUACGGCAUUGACCCACUGGGCUGAUAUUCUGACGAUAAUUUUGUACUUUGUCUUCGUUCUUGCAGUUGGAAUUUGGUCCAUAUGGCGCAGGAAGAAAGGAAAUGUAGAGAAUUACUUUUUGGCGGGCCGGUCGAUGCCAUGGUUUGCGGUCGGCGCCUCCCUAUUCGGCAGCAACAUUGGCAGCGAACAUUUCAUUGGCUUGGCUGGCUCGGGUGCAGCCAAUGGCAUCGUAUUUGUUCUCUUUGAAUGGAUACCAGCGUUGUUGGUCCAGCUUCUGUCAUGGUUCUUCUUGCCCGUGUUCAUAUCGGCUGGGGUGUACACGUUACCGGAGUACAUGGAGCGCAGGUUUGGACGUGGAAGGUUGAGGAUUUACCUCAGUGUGCUUGCCCUCUUCCUGCACAUUGUCAACAGACUCUCGGCAACGAUAUUCUCUGGAGCAAUCUACAUCCAACUGGCGUUCCGGUGGAAUAUGUACCCUUCUAUCGUCGGCAUCCUUUUAAUCACUGGAAUCUUUACUAUAUUUGGAGGUCUGACAGCUGUGAUGUACACAGAUACGGCGCAGUCUGUUAUAAUGGUCAUUGGAGCUAUCGUCGUGAUGGGACUUAGUCUUGGUCAAAUCGGUGGUCUUUCUAAUGUGGAGGAGGCAUACAGCCAAUCCAUGGCGUCCACUGUCUUUCCAAACUCCACGUGCGGGUUGCCUCGUUCAGACGCCUUCCACGUGCUGCGCGGUAUGGACGCUGACUUUCCAUGGCCGACUAUGAUUUUGCAAGCUGGCGUCGCUUCCGCUUGGUACUGGAUCUGUGACCAGAUUAUGGUCCAACGUUGUCUAGCGGCGCGUAAUAUCAGCCACGCGAAGAGCGGCACCCUACUCGGUGGAUACUUGAAGAUCCUCCCGCUCUUCAUCAUGAUUAUACCCGGCAUGAUCAGCAGAAUCCUCUACCCAGACGAGGUGGCGUGCGCGGACCCGGAAACCUGUCUCAAGGUUUGCGACAACGCGGCAGGAUGUUCAAACAUUGCAUACCCGAAACUCGUGCUUGAACUUUUACCUAAAGGUGCACGUGGCUUGAUAAUGGCGGUGAUGCUAUCGGCAAUUGUGACGUCGCUGACGUCAAUCUUCAACAGUUCUAGCACGGUGUUCACCAUGGACAUCUGGCGUCGGUUUCGACCAGCAGCUAAACAGAAGGAAUUGCUUCUUGUUGGGCGGUUGUAUAUCAUAGCACUAUGUGGACUUACCAUCGCUUGGAUUCCUGUGGUCAAAGCAGCACAGGGCGGUCAAUUAUUCCAGUAUAUCGUUGUCAUCGAAGGCUUUAUCACAGCCCCUCUCCCAAUACUGUUUGCUUUAGUUGUCUUCUGGGAUAGGACCUCAGAACAGGGUGCGUUUUACUCCAUUUUGAUCGCAAACGUAUUAGGAUUGGCCCGGUUUGUGCUCGAGGCUGUCUAUCCGGUUCCUAAUUGCGGGGAACCAGACACAAGACCAGGUUUCUUGUCGAAGGUUCACAGUUUCUACUACUCCGAGAUGAUAAUGUUAAUACAGCUUAUACUGACAGUGGCUAUCAGUCUAUGCACAAAACCAGUUCCCAAGGAACAGUUGAAAGGUACUACAUGGUCCACUAGAAUAAAACCAGGAGUAAUCGACAAACUAAACGAAGAUGGUCUAGUUAUGAAAGAAGUCUCUGUAGACUUCCAAAACAGCGAUACGGAGGAUUGCAGCCAAGCAACAGAAAACAACGAGUUGUUGGAAAAUGGAAAUGCUAUAGAACAAGUUGCAAUAAUGAAGUCAAAUCGUCUACGAGAUUUCCUACGAAAUGUGUGUGGCGUAACGGAGGGAGAUGAUAACGUCUCUGUUGAAAUAAACGUUAAGGACCGACGUACCUUCCUAACUGAGACGUCAAAACGUAUCAUGACUGUUAACAAUAUCUUGGCUAUAAUGUUAAUCGCUGCAAUGUGCUUUUUAAUUGGAAAAUAUGCUUGAUAUUAAAAAGCUUCUGACACUACAGUUCCAGCUAUGUUUGAUAUUAUGUAUGGUUGAAUUUACUCAGUAAAAUAGAAUACAGAUAAAACAGACAUGUUUAUAGUUAAGGUGUCACCACGUUCUCAUUAUACAGCAACAUGUAAUCAAUUUAAA